UGAUGAACUGUUAUAUGGCAACAACCUGUACUCACUUGACUAUUUGCGAAGUCUUUCUUUUGCUUUUCGGCAACAUAGGCUUUCACACCCCAUGGAACGCGCAUGAAACACUCGAGGAAAAGUAACCAUUUUUUCAGCGGCGACUUCGCAAUGACAGGUCUUUGUGGAAAUAUAUCGAUGGGAAGCUGCUCACGGAUGGGAAGCUGCUCACAUAUACUGAAAAUGUGGAAGGUGUCUCGGAUCUGCUCAACUCUAAUAACAUAAUGGCAUGUCGCAGUGCUUGUUGCUGUGGGUUCGGUCCAGUGAACGAGGAUAACGCAAGGUUCGUGAUGCUGGCGCUUCUUAUCAUCAUCUACCUGCUCUGCGGAGCCGCUGUCUUCUCUGCACUUGAGCACCCCAAAGAGAAACAAGCUAAGGAGAAAUGGGCUCAGCGGUUUGAACAGUUCAGUCAGAGGCAUAACCUGAGCAAAAGCGACCUGGAGAAGUUUCUCAGGCACUACGAGGAGGCGAACGUGGCCGGCAUCCGUGUGGACGUGCUCCGACCUCGUUGGGAUUUCACCGGCGCGUUCUACUUCGUCGGUACAGUGGUCUCUACAAUUGGGUUUGGGAUGACCACUCCAGCCACUGUUGGAGGGAAGGUAUUCCUCAUCUUUUACGGCCUGAUUGGGUGUGCGGCCACCAUCUUGUUUUUCAACCUCUUCUUGGAGCGCAUCAUCACCGUGCUGGCCUACGUGCUCAAGUCCUGCCACGAGCUGAAGCGGCGACGGAACGGCGUGGCGCCGCAGGACAGUGGCACCGCCGCGGUCAGGGGUCCCCCAUCAGACAGCCUGUCCGGCUGGAAGCCGUCAGUGUACUGCGUGAUGCUGAUCCUGUGCGUGGCGGCGGUGGCCAUCUCCUGCUGCGCCUCGGCCAUGUACUCGGCCGUGGAGGGCUGGGCCUACCUCGACUCGCUCUACUUCUGCUUCGUGGCCUUCAGCACCAUCGGCUUUGGGGACAUGGUCAGUAGCCAGCGGGCGGCGAACGGCAACCAGUCGGCCUAUCGCCUUGGCAACUUCCUUUUCAUCCUCAUGGGCGUGUGCUGCAUCUACUCGCUCUUCAACGUCAUCUCCAUCGUCAUCAAGCAGGUGCUCAACUGGCUGCUGAGGAAGAUAGAGGUGCCGUGCAGGCACUGCCCGCGCAAGGCCUUCAACCCGCGCAGGAACGCCGUGGUGCCAGGACACCUGCGCGUGCGCCGCAACAUCUCCAUCGACACGGACGCCAUCAACGAGAGCGAGACAGACGGCCGCAGGAUGUCGGGCGAGAUGAUCUCCAUGAGAGACUUCCUGGCCGCCAACAAGGUGAACCUGGCCAUCAUGCAGAAGCAGCUGUUGGAGACGGCCAACGGGCACGUCUGUCCACCUGGCUCCAGCAGUCGGCACAACGAGUUCUCCAGGGGCGUCGGCGCCCUGGGCAUCAUGAAUAACCGCCUGGCAGAGACCAGCGUGGACAGAUGAGUGGCAGGAGACGCUGACAAAGACACAAAUGACCAAACAUGUAAUCAAAUCAUUUAGCCAGCUUGCACUGUCCUCCUCUGAGAUGAAAUCUCGGAAGAGGUUCAAUGAGAGAAACAGUAGAACAAGGAGUAUAUUUUUUCACGCUUUUUCAUUGUUGUGAUAAAAUAUUUAACUGAAAGGUAAAACACCUGUUGAGUGUUUGAACUGGUUGGAUACAGCACAAGCUAAACACCAGAAGUGUUAGUCUGGUAGAUGAAUAUUUUUGUCUCUUUGUCAUACUAACAGAACAUUUCAGUACUCAAGUCACAUAGAGCACUUUAAAUGACAAGCAGGUAAACAGCUUUAGAUAGAUAUUUGUCUACUUACUAAACAAGUGAACAAAAUAAACUUUUAGUUCAUGUUCAAAUGUGUGAAUUCAUGUUAAUUUCAAGUCAUGUUCAAAAACAAUUUAGUGCCCUCUUGGUUACUAUUACCAUAUAAACCCAUUUUUUUUUUUUUUUACUCGUUCAUUGGGUAAUGACACAAAUGUGUGCCCUCGAAUUGUUUUUAAUAUGACUGGGGAGACACAUUAUGAAGUUUGUUUUUUAUUUGAUUUUUAUGAUGAAUCGUAUGACUCAUUGUUCAUUUGAUUUCUUCAACCAGCAGUUUUGUA